CGGAAUUUGUUCAUAUAUAAUCUGAGUAUCUUGGGUGCAUCUUUGAGACUAGUAAAAUCACGUUGCCAGAGCUCGUCUUUACGAUGACGCAAGUACCUGAUCGUGUACAGGGCAACUCUAACGCCUGUACUAGUAACCCACAGUUUGCUGAUACCGCACUUUUCAAUCAUGAUUAUGCUCUUCUUGAUCAUAAUUAUACUGUACCACGAGCUGAUCUGCCAGCUUUGAAUAUAGCUGACGAAGUCGAUCCAGACUUGAAUGACAUUAAAGAUUAUUAUGUGCUCGAAAAUAUCGGAGCAAAAUAUUCCCAGAAAUUUUCAGUUUCGUUCGAAACUUACAAAUGUACAGUGACGGGGCUGGAUAAUCUAUCGUUCAAGUAUGCUGUUAAAACGAUAACACUCGUUUUGAAAGAUAUUCUGGAGAGUGUGAUUGCUGCGAUUCCAGCGCAUAACCUGGUGCGAAUCCGCAUGUAUCAAAAUGCUCUGCAGUAUCCAAUUUGGAUGCCACCUAUUCGGCGGGACCAAAUAACAAUUGAACGGUGGAUGACGACAAUAAGGCGGAUUCUAAACUCUAAUCAGGCUUUUCUGCUAGACGAAUCAUUUGAACUGUCAGUCCAGCACACUGAUUUGCCAUCCGGAUCAUGCAGAAAAAAUGUAUCAAAAUUGUUGCAGCGGAUUUUAGACAACAAAAGAUGUAUUACCCAGAUUCGAAAUACGGACUGUUUGUGUAUGGCCAGGGCUAUAGUUGUGGCACAAGCGCAUGCAGAUGGCGACAAAGAGCUGUACACAAAGCUUUACCGAACCAUAAAGUUGCAAGACCAGAAGACAAAAGAAUUAUUGUUGACUGCCAACCUGCCAAACAGAGAAUUCAACGUGCAAGAUAUUCCCCGCUUUGAAGAAGUUUUACCGAAUUAUCAGUUUAUUGUGGUAUCUGUGGAUCAUGGAAAUUCUAUCGUCUACUGCGGCGCCUACUGCGAAAAGCGAAUUAUGCUGCUGCAUCACGAUCAACAUUUUGAUGUUUUAACAUCUUUACCGGCCUAUUUUGAGCACCACUAUUACUGUUACCGUUGCAUGAAAGGCUACGAUCAAAGACAGUAUCACCGCUGCGAGUUCAAGUGCCACCAGUGUUUGUCUGCAACUUGCAAAAUGAAUAAGCAAGAAACCAUACACUGUCUGGACUGUAACCGCGAUUUCUAUGGGCAAGAUUGUUUUGACAGACACCAAGCUGGGAGCAGCACCAUCUGCGCAAAUUUUUUCAUUUGCCGUGAGUGUAAAACCUUUGUCUCCAUGGUAAAUCGCCGUAUGAAGACCAAUUACGAUACAAUUCAUGGUGAGGACAAUGACCAGGACCACGAUAUUGCUAAGGAAAUUGAACUAGAUGUUGACGAUCAGCAACAUCGAUGUGGUGAGGUUUUUUGUGCGACUUGCUCGUUAUUCUAUAUGCCGGAGGAAAACCAUGUGUGUUAUAUGAAACCCGUGGAAUUUACGGAUAAAGAAAAGGCCAAGCACCAUAACGACAAGCUGGCAUACUUUGACCUGGAAACAUAUCAAGACGAGAGUGGAGAAUUUAAAGUCAACCUAGCGGUGAUCGCGACAAAAAAUAAAAAAUUUAUUCUUCCAGAAAACGGUAAUAUUAACGGCGACAUUUCACAAGAACUUGGCGAUUUCAUUUUCAGUGAGCGUUUCCGUGGCUACACAUUUAUGGCGCACAAUUUGAAGGGAUUUGAUGGAUACUUCAUUUUGAAUUAUCUCGUGAAAAACGGCAUUAUUCCACGUCCGCUUAUUUUCAACGGGAGCAAGGUUAUGCAGAUGGACGUGCCCAAACUCAAAAUAAAAUUUCGUGACUCUAUGAACUAUGUACCAUCAUCGUUAAAAAAUUUUGCGAAAGCAUUUGGUUUGCAAGAAACCAAAGGAGAUUUCCCACACAAACUUAAUAAGCCUGAAAACUGGAAUAAAAUAACUGCCUGGCCCGAUCGUCAUGACUAUGGCUAUCAGUCUAUGAAAAAGAAAGAACGAAAGCGCUUCAUGAAAUGGUACCGCAAAGAGCGACGCCGUCACAGGAACAAAUUCGACUUUAAUGCACACUUUAUCAAGUAUUGCUCACAAGAUGUCCUCAUUUUGCAACAAGCGUGCGAAAAAUUUCGAGCGCUUUUCCAACAGGUAACCGAUGGAUUAUGCCCAUUUGGGUCUGGACUAACCACACCCGGCAUGUGCAAUUACUUUUGGAGAGCGCGAAUGCUGAAGGAAAACCAAAUUGCGUUGAUCGGCCCUCCUGGUCAGGGCAAAAAGUCAUCUGUCAAAGGAGAGCGUUGGCUACGCUGGAUUGAAAUGGAAAAUGAUGUAAAAUUGCAAAAAGAGCAUCGAAUCGGUCACUGGACUGUGGAUGGUUUUGAUCGGGAUACAAAAACCGCUUACGAGUUUUUAGGAUGUAUGUGGCACGGCUGCAGCGAAUGCACAACAAAAAGCACGCUGCAUCCCUUUCUGAAACGGCCAAUGGAGGAAGUUAACAAAGCAACUGCCUUACGCCUUGAAGCUAUCAAAACUAUGGGCUAUUCCGUAGUUUCGAUCUGGGAACACGACUAUGAUAGCCGGCUCACUACUGACCUGGAAUUUCAGAAAAUAAUUCAGUUGACCGGUAUUGAAGAACCUAUGCACCCCGAGACGCAUUUACUGGUGGCAGGACAAACGCUAUCAAGUUGUACCACAAGUGCGAUCCUGGAGAAAAAAUCUAUUCGCUCGACGUUAUCAGCGAAUACCCUUAUAUUAACAAAAUCUACCUUAUCCGGUGGGACCGCCUGUUAUCAUUACUAA